UGCAAUUCAAUGGAGUGGCAAAACUUUGUUUGUUGCAAACACUGUCCGCGAGCUCGAGGCUAGGCGGGGGCCGCGGCCGGGGGCGGGAUGUGAGGGUGUGAUCUUGAUGAGGACCCAGCCGUGUCGACGGGGCGGGCAUGCUAAGAUCUGCUGCUAGUUGCAGCUGGCUCCUGCGGGCAGGGCGCUAACAUCCCCAUCUCUGUCUCAAAACGCUGGUUCUAUGAAAAACAAGAUUAGAUGCAGGGUGAAAGCUACAUUACCAUGGUAACUGUUAAACAAGUGCUGGGUCUCACUCUGGUAGUGGGUUUAGCCUCAGAGGUCGUCUAUUACAUUUGGAGACGCAGGCUGGUGUCCAGGCUUAGCAGUUACUUCAUCAGCAAGUUCACUGAUUCCCAGACCGAAACGAUUGACGCCACCCCCACCCCUGCAGAGGAUUCAAAGACUUUCAAAGACCCUUACCUCUACAAGGUCCUCAUAUUCCCUGACAGGGUUAGGGCCUGCAAGCCUCACUUCUGGGGAGACGGGUGCCGGGUUGAGAGGUGCUGGUUCUCCCAUGAUGACAAUAACUCCAUGUACCAGUUCCUGUCCCACAUCCGUUCGGCGGAGACGACCCUGGACGUGUGUGUCUAUGUCAUGACCGAUGCAGAGCUUGCCAAUUUUGUGAUCAGCAUGAAAGGGAGGGGUGUUCUUGUGAGGAUCAUCACCAAUCAGGAAGCUCAGAAUUACACAGGCACCCAAGUCGGCAAAUUCAGAUCCAGAGGGAUACAAGUGAGAACUAAUAUCAACUACCUCAUGCAUCACAAGUUUGUAGUGGUGGACAGAAAGAAGGUUAUCACCGGAUCCUUUAACUGGACGAGCCAUGCGACCACGGCCAACAACGAAAACAUGAUCAUCACAGACAACCCGCAGAUAGUUGAUCCAUACGUUAAAGAGUUUGAUAGGCUGUGGAAGAUGUUUGAUCCUGCUCUGCAGAGCUAGUUGGUGCCGACAUGGACCAGUUUCACCCCGCAGCUGUUGGAAUCCUAGGAAUGUACAUUUCUGGACUAUUAAAGCAAAUAUUUUUGCUGGACAGUUCAAGGUUUUAUGGGGGGUUUUCAAGCUUAUGUUGUGUGAAUGUCAUGAGUCUUCUGUUUUGAUAAUGCAAUCAUAUAAAAAAAAAGGAGUUCAAGUGAGAUGAAAGUACGUAUGGGGACAUGAUGCCAUAAAAUGUAAUAGUCUUCCAUUUAACGAAAUGAUAUGGCAUUAUAUUUUGAGAAUCACAAAGUCCCUAUGAAAUAGCAUUGUUAUAUAUAAAAGCAAAUAAUCCUGUACUUACUGUUGAUGACUAAUUAUUAUGAAUACAUGUUAGUAUAAGAAAAUGUGGUAGUAGAGUGUAGGCUACCUGUAUGCAGGGAUAUUGUACAUCCAGUAUACUUCUUUUUACAUUGAAAUGGAUGAAACCCAUUUAACACCAGAAUUGUCUUGUAUUUACCUGUUUAAAAGCUAUGUUCUUGUUCAAUGUUCCUUCUCUGUUUAGGUUUCCCCCAAGUCUAAAAAAAAAUCCAACUCACAAAGCCUUACUGAAGAAUGUUAUCAGUGAUGAUUUUAUUUUUUUCAAAACAAUAAUGCUGGUAGGAUAGACAAGUAGAAAAAUGUAUUUUUCCCUUUACCAGAUUAAUAUGUUAUUUGUUUUUUUUUAUAUUAAUUCUUUUUUUGGGGGGGUUGGCUAAAAAAAACCUCAGUGAGCUUGACUUCAAAUAGAUGUACAGAUAUAUGUGCACUGAUGUCUGCUGCAUGUGUGUGUGUGUGUGAGGACUGUGAAUAUGAUGCAUCUGAAGAACAGUGUACCUAAAUUUGUAUGUACAUUGUACUGUACAUGCUGGAUUCACCGUACAAUGACCCGUUCUGACGCAAAUAUUUUAUCAGGUUGAUAUUUGAAUUUAACCUAGUUUGACUUUUGAGGUAGAAUCAGGACAGUUUUGUUCUUUCAUUUAUAUUCCAAAGAACAAAGCUACGAUAUUCUAUAUGCCAGUAUUUUAUAAUAAGGUUACUAGUGCAUUGUUUUGGAUCCAUGCCAGAUUCAAGCAGUUUUUAUAAUGCUGCAAAUGGAAUAUUUACAAUUUCACAUGGCUGAAACAUUGAUAUGUAUUGUACACCCUUUAUUCACCUGCAGUUUCUGAAAUAUGUUACCACAACAAGUGAUAGAGCUCUGACUUAUUUUGUUGUUGGCAGCCAUAUUUGAUAUCCUCAGAUAAAUCUGAUAGCUAAGGAAUAGCCAUUACAGUCGUUCCACUUCUAUAAUCGUACCAGUUAUUUAAAUUUAAUUUGUAUAUUAGCCCCUCUUAAUGAAAGUGAAAUAAGUGAUGCAUUUAAAGGGAUGAUAUACCAUUAUUACCUUUUAAUUUGCAGAGAAACAACUCGGAAUAUUAUUGAAAUAAUUACAAGUGUUUAUUGGAAUUGUACUUGCCAUUUACUUACAUGUUAUUUGCCAAAAUGCCAAGCUAAUGUGUGCUUGGAUUAUAGUGUUAUUUUGUACAAAAUAUGAAUUUGUAAGCUUUACAUAUUUCAUUUUUAUUAAAAAAGAUGAACUUAGAAAUCUGUUUGUUUAUUCUUUAACCUGUCAGAAUAUCAGAAUUCCUUAUCACUGCUGAUACAAACAUUACCAGUAGCAAACUUUUUGCAAUAUCAAUCCAUGUUAACACUCGGUCAUCAUGACAUAUCCUUCUUUACAUCCAAAGAACAUUCAAAUCGAUAGAUGACACGUCGGUCAUUUCCAAUUGCCCCCGACAAUGCAUUUACCUGAUCAAUUUCAACAGUGUCCUUCUAUAAGUGUGUUCAAGAAGAUGCUCAAAUUUCAUUUGUUUUUAUAUAUUUAUUGCAAGUUGUAUUUCAUUUCAUGUAGUUUUAUUCUUAGGUUUUUCCCAUGGUUGUAUUUGUUUCUGUCAUUUGUAUAGCUCUUGUAACUUGAAAAAGUGCUUUAUAAAAAGUAAUUAUUAUUACCAUCAUUUGAGAUAACCGAAAGCACAAUUGUAAAAAAGAUCAGUUAUUCCCUUAAGAUUAUUUUAAUGUCGUUUUUUCAGAUUUUUUCAACCAUUUUGUCAAAAACACCAUUCUCCAUAAGAUUAUACUCCCCAUAUUUCUCAUCUUUCACCAAGUAUACCUUCAUUUCAUUAUCUUAGAAUUACAUAAUGCAGAAAACAACAAAUUAGCAAUAUAUUCCAUUUAUUUAUUCUCUAUUUUUACAUAUAUAGUAAAGACCAAUUAUCUGAACACUAAUAUGUUAGUCAUAUUGAUGACCAUUUACACAUAAUAUCACACAAUACAACAUAUCCUGAUACAUAAAACAUUACUAAUAAUUAUAUUUGUUAUUAAUAAGCCAGUUCACAGUUCAUUGUCGGCUUCUCUCAAAUGACCUUUCCCAUAUUUCAUUACAACAAUGAGCACUAACACUUUCGUAUGAAGAUGCUGCUUAAGCUUCCUAGACAUAGCAUCCUUUGGUAUUCUAAUUCCACUUCCAGGGGAAGUUCAAAUUCCAGGGGACCUUAACACAAAGCUUAGCAAUGAUCGUAGAACAUUUUUCUACAAAUGAUUCCAUUGACUACAAUGUACAAUCAAUGGUGAGAAUCAAGAGUAUGAUUAAUCACUAACUUUUGUGUUACAGAACCCCAGUGACUAGAAUAGUACGUCUCAGUGAUCAAGUUUGGAUAUUGUGGUACCGUCCGCUUCUGGCACAUUGACUGUUAUUUGGGCUACCAUCAAAUACCAAUGAUUAUGAACACUUUGUUACUCUUAAGCAGAUGCAAUGAACAAGAAUGUUUUGAAAGGAAUAUGUGAAUAACUAUCAAAUCACAAAGCUAAUUUGAAAUGCAUCUUGAUGGUCUAUCACAAAUAAUUUUUUACUGCUCAUGCACAGUUACAACUGUGUAAAGCCUUAUUUGGUAACAGGCAGAAUUACCAAGUAUUAAUGCAAUGGUACUCAGUCAUCCAGGUAAUAUUGCAAGAGAAAAUUUCAUUACAUUUGACAAUUAUGCUGUUACAAAAUGACCUUUGAUGUUGUUUAUGAUUUUUCUGAAACAUUUAGAGACAAAUUAUUGGUAACAAACAAAAUCACAAAUAUGAGCAUAGUCAGAUUGAAACGGCAAGACAUCCUGAUAAAUACUUAUAUUUCUCAUUAGAAAAUUAUUGUUCUUAAUAAAUAGUAUCCAUGCAAAUGUAAUCAUUGCAAUGGUGCUCUGAUAUGCAAUCAUACACUGAUGGCAUUCCUCUGUAAUUUGAAAUAAAAUUGCAUGCAGUUACAAUCAUUUGUCUUUGACAGCAUACUCCGACUUGUUUGCAUGCAAACCUAAUUAACUCAGUGGAUGAAAUAAAUUCUCCUUAACACAUACAUGUAUAGCCGUUACUCAGUGUUAUCAACAUCCAGGGUAAUUUUGUUAGGACAUGCACUUCCUGGUAGUAGUUAGCACAGCAGGGCUCCGUCUUACAAGGAGUUACGAUCGAUCCAAUCAAUCUCAACUGUAUGGAAAUCCAUCCAUACCAUAAUUUUUCUACAGGAAAUUAAUCUUGAAGAGAACGAUGAAUGAAUAAAUAUAUACAUCAUAUCUAGAAAACAUUUUGAACAAGUUUACAUUUUGAACUAAUUUGCAUUUGAGAUGUUGACUUUGCUGGCGUUCCAUAGUUGUGGUUGAUCGGAUCAAUCGCAACUCUUUGUAAGACAGGUGCCUUGGUGAUCAACACUACCGUUUAGAGCUAGGUACCUCAGCUGAUUGAGAAAAUUUUUAUUUCAUUGUUUCUCCAGCUCUAACUUUUUUAAGAGUAUGUUUGCACAAUCAUGGAUCGAUUUCAGCUCAAGAACUAAGAGGAUUUUUCAACGGUCAUGUGUUCCGAAUGCAGGAAAACGCUUAUCAGCUGUUUGGACGGAAAGUACCCCCUCACUACACAUCCUUGUACUUCGAAGAUUUUUAGAGGACACCCUCUUCAACACCAAUGGAAGUCCACCUGCUGGACUAUUGAACAAUUCGCCGACAACGAACGUUGAUGGCGCGUCACACCUACACAAAACUUAUCCCUUUUCAACAUAUUUGUUUUCGAGCGGAAAUAUUCGUGGACUCGCGCGAUCAGUGGUCUGGUGCGGUGUGUACUAUGUGAAUCAGAGGCGUAAUGUGUGGGAGAAUUAAGCGGAAAAUAAAAUAAUAAUAAUUAUACUUGCUUAUAUAGCGCUUAAUACUUUGUCAGAAGUCUCUAAGCGCUCUACAGUAUAUGCAGCAUAAUUACCCUGGCUUUAGCAGUGCAGCUGUAACGCGCGCUGCGUUUCAAGGAAUAAAUUCCUGCCAGGUACCCAUUUACCUCACCUGGGUUGAGUGCAGCACAUUGUGGAUCAAUUUCUUGCUGAAGGAAAUUACGCCAUGGUUGGGAUUCGAACCCACGACCCUCUGUUUCAGAGUCCGGAGACUAAUCCACUGGGCCACAACGCUCCGGCCAGUGUCUGGACUACACCAAUGGUUGGUAAAAUAGCCGAGUAUAAGCUAUACAUGAUAAGGAGAAUCACAACCUGCAUUAUGAAUUUUAAGUUGGCAUUGUCUUGCAAUAUUCCAUCGAUUUAAUUGAUUCUUGAUACCUUGCAAGAACAGAACACCAUUGCACACACUGAUCGUAACACCAAUGCCAUACAUCAUUGUAUACCGUAAUCUGUAAUCAUGCCAAAAGAAAUCUCGGUGUACAUAUAACAAUGAAUACAAAAAAUAGAAAUUAUAUACCGGUACAAACACAUAUAAAAACAAGUUUAAAGAUUAGAGUUGUAUAUAUUUAUACUUGGUAAAGAUAAAUGAUAUGCAUCAUGUUAUUCAUGUAAGUUUAGUGCCCCCCCAAAAAAAAUAUAUAUAUAUAAUAAUAAUAAAAACAAUGUGAUAAUAAAUCACAAUGUACAAUGUAUAUCCAUGACACAAGAUUUAUUGAUCUUUUGCAACCUAUCUAAAUUUAGCCAAAGCCAAAGUUAAACUUUCUGCCAAGUAUCCAUAAAAGAGAAAAUUACCGUACGCCAUGUGUCAAGCGAAUCAGAGCACGUUCAGAGGUACAUCACUAUUAAAAAAGAGUGCAUUUGAAAGACUUGUAUUCUGUACACUUAUUCGACCACAACAGGCUAUGCCAGUGACAUUCUUAAUCUGAGGCCUGACUUACAAAGAAUUAUGAUGGAUUAAAUUCAAACUCAAACUGCAAUCGAUCUAAAGUUUUGUACUUGAAAUGAGAAAUUGCAGUAACUUUCGCAACUCUUUGAGAUGGGACUCAGGGUGUUGUAACAAAAGAGAUGCAAUUGAUAUUAACAAUCAAUAAUAUCAAUUAUAACUUUUGUACAAAC